AUGGCACUCCCAUCUUCCCUCAUCUCCGGCAAAGCAUCAUCGAUGUCCUCUAUUCGCGAUGCACCGUUUCCCUUCAACGAUGCCAGCGCAGACGUCAUAUUUCGCUCUAGCGAUGGCGUGGACUUUCGUGCCCUCAAAGCUAUCCUUUCGAUCGCAUCUCCAUUCUUCAAAGACAUGUUCACCCUGCCUCAGCCGUCCACGCAUUCACCGGAUACUUUCACUGGCGAUGUAUAUCGCGACGGAAUCCUCGUAAUCCCACUCACCGAAGACUCUGAGAUCCUCGACUUCAUCCUCAGAUCUUGCUACCCUGUACGCUCGCCCAGGAUAACCAGACUUAAUCAUAUACGUGCAGUCCUCGUCGCGUCCCGAAAAUACCAGAUCGAGGCACUGGAGGGCGUUGGCGAAGAGGAGCUUUGGAAGAUUAUGGACACCGACCCAAUCGGAGUAUACACUAUCGCCGUUCGCUUUGGACUGCGUGAGGUCGCGACUAAAGCUGCACGCGCGAGCCUCCGACAUCCCCUUUUGACCUUCUCUGACGGACUCUCUGGGAUUACCUGCGAACAGUAUUUUGCUCUGUUGAAGUACCGAGACGACUGUGGAAUUGCCGCCGCCGCCGUUACUCAAAGCAGGACCUGGCUCGACCAGUGUUUCAACACCUUGCGUUGGAAAUGUCAUACUUACGGCCGCCCUGACGGACUCGAUGAUUGCUAUGUCAAGGAUACCAUCUCCUCUAAAAACUCUGGAUGGGACUGGUUCGCACCUCCCAUUCUGUGGGCGUUCCUGACACAGGCUGGGGUCGGACUCAGGAGUCGCCCGCAUGGCUCCUGGUUGACCGAUGAUCUGGAGUGGGAAGAGCAGGUUCCCCGCUGGUCUGCAGCCAAAUGCAAACACUCUGGUUCGUCUUUUGGGCAGGGCAUGACGAAGUUUCGACAGCUACUCGCUGAAGAAGUCGAGAGAGUAGUUGACGAGAUCGCUGGGCCACAGAAUUGA